UUAAAAAGUGUUCUUGUUCUCUGUAAAUAGUAUGUGUGUUAAUGGAAAUAGCAAAGAAACCGGAAUUUAAAGAUCUUGUUUUACAGUUUUCACUUGUUAGUUAAUAAUGUCAGAGUAAAUGUCAAAAUGAAGGUGCCAUGCGUAAUAGUGGUUCUGUUCAUUUGCUUCAAAGGAGUUGUAGGCAAAAAUUGUGGCAGUCUCAAUUAUUCUCAGCCCGCUUUUAAACGGAGAAAUGUUACAAUAAUCUUCAAGCCAAUCAGUUUUUCGGCUACUGAAAAGCCACUCAUUUUCUACAGUGGUGGCAAACAAUGGACACCUGUUCCAUCAGCCAUUUUGUAUAAUUCAACGUUGAGUGUCUUUACCACGGUGCUUGACACAAAUCUUCUGAAAACUGAGAAUCCACACGUGUUUGCAAGAUACCGUUUAUGCAACAGUCAAAGGAUUCGUCUCGACUUACAAGUAAAACCUGAGAUCCCAGUGCUUAACGUACCUAUUUUGCGAGAGGGAAGUCCAGCAAAUAUCACGUGCAUUUCAAGAGGAGGGAGACCCGCCGCAAACUUAAGUCUCUGGUUGGAUGGAAAGAAUGCAUCAGUAGACCAUUUAAAGACUUACAACAAGUCGACAAGAACAUACACAACAACUAUUACCCUUAAGGACCCUGCCAGAAAAGAUUGGAAUGGAAAAUAUGUGUCCUGCUUAUCAUCUUCACCGCUAUUUGGGGUAAAUGAAACACAACGAAAGACAAUUAAUUGCAAAUAUCCACCAUCGACAAUGGCAAUGAUUGCACCAAAUAUACCGAGAUAUUUGCAGGACAACUAUUCUUUCAAAUUCAGUUGCUUAACGGACACAUACAAUGACUUUUGCUGGAUUUCCUGGACAAAAGAUGGCCAACUACUUUAUGCAAACGGAGACGAGACAGGCAGAAUGCAUGACUCGUCUGAAAUGGCGUUUGUGAAUGUCAGUAAAGAAAUCAAUGGUCAAUCUAUAACCUGCAACGUCAUUUGCCUCAACUUUGAUGUUCAACUAUCCAAGUCACAUGUGGUCCAAGUACCAUAUCAACCGAGUGUUCGCUUGUCGGUUAAAGACGAGGUAUUGCUUAAUGCUCAUGCCACAACCAAUGUAACUUGCACGGCAAACAGCUUACUUGCGAAUAUUGUUUGGUCGGUUUACGGAGACACACAACUCAUCGUUUGCAAUAAGUCACAGGAAUGUGAGAUUCAUAUACUCCCGUUGGACACCAAUGAACACAGAAACUACACAUGUACAGCUUAUUUCGAAUCUGGAAACUAUAGCUUAAGUACGAGCAGCUCAUUUGUUGCAGUUGGAAGAGCUUCGACGCGAUGCAAAGAUAAAGCAAUAGAGGGGAUUGCAGUUGGUUUGAGCGUUUUUAUUGCGGUGGUUAUUAUUUCAAUGGCCAUUGUGUUCGCCAGAAAACUGUUUUUGAAAGUGAAUCAUCACGAAAAUCCAACUGAACCUCAACCUGCCCAAUAUGCCAACGUGCAGGAAUAUGAAACAUUAGAAAUGAACGAAGUCGUCCCGUACUCCCAAAUUGACCAAAUCAGGACAGAGGGAUGUACAGCGAAGGUGUCAAAUAGCAACCCAGUCUAUGAAGAUGUAGGCAAAGAACAUUUGGAUACAGCCAGCAAGUAACAGAGAAGAGGUAGGCCGCCAACUCCUACAGAAUAUAUUGGCGUUGAUUUUGUGAGAAAAAGGGUGUAUCAAAGAGGGAUAAUAUGAAUGAAUGUCAGGGAAAAUACCUCCACAUACCAUGAAUGAAUGUCAGGGAAGAUAACUUACUCUAUACACCAUGAAUGAAUGUCAGGGGAGAUACCUCCACUCACCAUGAAUGAAUGUCAGAGAAGAUACAUCCACACACCAUAAAUGAAUGUCAGGGAAGAUAACUUACUCUAUACACCAUGAAUGAAUGUCAGGGGAGAUAACUCCACAAACCAUGAAUGAAUUUCAGGGAAGGCAACUCCACACAUCAUGAAUGAAUGUCAGGGAAGAUAACUCCACACAUGUGACCAUGACUGAAAGUUUGAUGUAAUAAAUGCAAAACAUUUCUGAAAAAUGAAACAGUGAAUAGAAUUGAUUAUUUACAUAUAAGUUUUCAUUCCAAAUAUAUAUCAAUCUUAGAUAUUGCAUCUGUUAUAUUUCAUUCUAAACAUUUAUCAUUCCUACAAGUAGCAAUUACCAAGUAAGUUACUUUUUUUUUAAAUAAUGUCAUUUCCAGGAAAUGUAAGCUAUAAUAGUCCAUCUGAUAACAUUAUAUUCAGAAUUUUGAAAUUUUCCAACAAAUAAUCUUCCUGGAAACUGUUAACUAUUUGAAUAUGUCACAACAAUCUUUGCGUGUACAUGUGUUAUACUAAUAUAGUUUAGCUACAUUGUGAAGUUUUAAGGGUAUAUAUAAACAAGAACUUUGAUAAGGGGGUGGGGCUGGUGGCAUCCGACUGUUUGCAUACAAUUAAAUGUUUCAUACCUUGACCCCUAGUUUUCUUAUAAGUUUUUGAGUUUGACAUUGCUUUUGAUUAUUGUCUUCACAAUAAUAUAAUAGUAGAUUUGUGGUUUCUGUGCUUGUCCUUGUAGCUUGCCAGAUUGAAUGACAGUUUAGUACAUAAGGUGAUUUGGAUUACGUUGAAUCGACUAAGAAAAUCCCUCAUUAAGACCGAUAGGAAAAUAAACGUGCUAUGACUAUGUGUCAGGCGGUAGUACUGUUUUUCAUGUAUAUCUUAUGUGGAAAUACAUCCCAGAUGUCUCAGGGUAAAAGUAAAACGUAUGCUUUAUUAACUUACAUGUGUUGUACCUAAUCUCAAAAAGCUUGCAUACAAGGACGUAAGUGCAGUUACCACAACGUUUACUGAUAACCAUAGUUUGAUAUUUGUGUAAAAUGCUUGUUGUCUUCUGACGUUGACUGUUUCUCGGUAAGUGUAUGUUCGAAUUUGGUCACUGUUCCUUCAAACAGGAUCUUCGCUAGAUGUUUAGCUACUUGGCAUGUCCAUGUAAUUUGUAUAUUAUAUUAUCGACAUUGGUGUGUGUUUGAUCAUAUAUCAGGUGUGACAGAGUAAUGGAAACAUUUCCUUGAACAGGGAAUGCUUUAUUUUACUUUACUUUUCAAUGUAGUUAUAAAGACGUGAAUUAGUAAUGGACAUAAUAGUUUUUGUAUUUCGAUAUCAUUUGUUGCUUUUAUGUUUAUUUCAUAUUUGUUUAACUGCUGCCAAUUGUAUAAAAGCAGAUGAUUCCUUGGUGUGGUUUACGUUUUAUUAAUUGAAAUAUAUCUAUCCAAUAAUAAUUGUUGACCAAUCAAAAUACUUUUGUGUGCAAAGAAAACCUUUGAAGAACUUAUUGAGCGUUAAACAAUUGGCUGUUGUUUAUUAUUUUUAUGUGGUUUUUUUUCGUACCUUUAAAAUGUUUGUUUGUUUCCUCACACAAUAAGCCAUGCUUUAUCACGCAAUGACUGUAUUAAAUAUAUUUAUUCGAACUCAUGUUUAAUUGGAAUUGUUGGCGAUACUUCUAAUUCAGAAUAGAGAGAGUAAUCUUACAUUUUAUCGAAACUUGCCUUGUAUCUCCAAGGGGAUUUUUUAUUAAAUAUAAACAUAUUUAGAAUAUUUCAUUAUCGAAGUAUUUUCUAUAUAGAAAACGAACGUUCAUUUCGCGUUAUGACGUCAAUUUUGUUCAAUUGUUCAACUCUGAUUCGACUAACGCAUCGUCAUUGAACUAAUGGUGAACGGCGUUUCAAAUAUCGAUCAUUCCUUUUCACAGAAAUUAAUUGUCGUUAAUAUAUUUUUUCUAAUUAGUUUUACCUGAAAUAAUUCAUACCUUUAAUUGAAAUAUAUACUAGUAUAAAUUCAUACUAAAACUUUAAAUUUAAGGACACAAUUUUAUUAUCUGUGCAUCCACACAGUAUUAACCCUCGAGCACAAUAUUCCAAAUUUACCAAAAUGCCCAAACGCGCUACGGGGAUUUCAAUAUCAAGCCCAAGCGUUCAUAGUGCAUGAAGGCACGAAAACACUGUUCAAUCCAUAAAUGCCUCAGUGAUGCUUUUUUACAUACUCUGUAAUUACCCAUUUGCUUUAUUAAUGGCAAUGACCUUGUUUGACCAUAUUGCCCGGGUAAUGUUAAUAACAGAUAUAUUGUUCAUAUCUACCACUAGUUAGCUCUUUUCAGAAGAAUUAAAAUGAUGUAUCACCAAAUAUUGACCUUCGAUUCGUCCUUUCACAGUUUUCUUUGGGCGUCAUUUUCCAUCAAUAUCAAAUCAUACUAAUAACCAAUGGCAUUUGUGGUGUAAGCCAGCUGUUUGUAAACACAUAUAAAUCAAGUUCUUAUCAUUUCAAUUUCAUUGCAAAAUAUUUUGAAUUUACUUCUUCUCAAAGUUAGCGACCGUUUUUACCAAAUCUUGUGAUUUGAAGUUGUAAACUAGAUCGUACCAUUGUAAAGUAAACAAAAAGGCCCCAAUUUCUCGAACAGUCGUAUGUCGCUUAUAACAGGAUCAAGCAAAACUCACAAUUUCUGGUAUGGCAUGAAUUGUGUAAAAUUCUCCAUUUAAAGAAUUAUGAAACUUUCAAUGGAAAUUAUUUAAAACAUAGUUGUAACAUCUGGUCAUAGAAACAAGUUACAGCCUCGAUUCGGAUUACUCUCUAUAUUCAUUUUUAGGGAAAGAUAACUCAAAUACACAACGUAAACUCCUAUCAUAAAUUAAUUUUCUAGAUAUAAACAAAACAGUAAUACAAAAAUGUAAAAACAUUUUUUUGGUUUAUAAAAUAAAGUUUAAGCAACUGAAAUAUGAUACUUUAAUCUGUUUGCCUCAAAAGGUGGAAAAAUUGGAUCCAGGCUUUAAGGAAAUACACUAUUAUAGUGAUUUUAUUGAUAUUUCAUAUUUUUUUCAAUAGCAAAUGUGUAUAAGAAAAUAUUAAAACAUAUGUAUAUGAAAAGUGAGAUAAUGUCACAAAAAGUGAAAGGCGUAUUGCAUUCAAUUAUAGUUCUUACUUAAAAAACACUUAACUGCAGUGUUAUUCUGAAUUUAUUAUAAGUAAUCGUCCUAUAAAAAAUACAACUACGUUAUAUUGUGAACAAUGUGUAAUUUACUUCUUAGUCCAAAUGUUCCUGUUGGUUUAGGUCUUCCAGAGUUAUAGUUUUGUGUCCACGUAAUAAAUAUAGCACAUAGAAGAUACUCUUGGGAUUAUAUCAAUCAAAUUUAUAAUCAAAAUAAUAUCGAAUGUUUUUUCAAUGCUGAUUUCAACAUCGUUGUUCAAGGGAAAUAAAUACUUUUUAAGAUCACUGAAAAUAUGAUCUGAGUUAUCAUUUCAA